AUGGACGUCGAAAUCGACUGUAAAGCUCUAAUUGAAGCAGUACGAAACUUCCCUUGCCUUUGGAAGAAGGUCUCCGAAUCGGUUGGCAGCACUGAAGAAAUCUGCGCAAAGAAAUGGCAGUCGCUGCUGGACAAAUAUGUCCAAGACCUGAAGAAGGUGAACAGCAUUCAGUCUGGUGAUGAAGAGCCUCCGAUAACGUCGUCUUGGCCGUACUUUAUUCUCCUGAGCUUUCUUGAAAUCUCAGUGAGGCACAAAACGACAUGCAGCAGUUUCCCAGCUAGUCAAACAGACGAUAGAGAAGAAGAGGUGGAGGAAACUAAAAGCAAUCCAAUAGAAGUUCUUGACAUAUUAAACAGUCCUACAUCUCCUGCUACUCAUUCUCAGUCUCCUCUCGCUUCUUCUCCUUUCUCAGACUCAUCAGGCUCAUCUAAAGUGUUCAAUCCUACUGAUGUUACCUCAUCUAGAAAGCAAACCAGAAAGAGAAAGGUGCAAGAACAAGUAGACGAAGCUCUACUUGACUUUGUCCAUCAACUGAAACCGAAGCGUUCCCAACCUGAGGAGGAGAGUGACGAGGUUGGUUUGUUUGGCAUGCAGAUUGCUGCAAACCUACGGCGACUUCAACCCCACCAGAAAGGAAUGGCAAAGAUUCGGAUACUACAGGUUCUGUCGGAUGUGGAACUUGGCACGAGUCAAGUUCAGGACGAGUCACCUUCGUCCUACUCUUCCACCUAACCUAGUUUUUCAUCUCUCAUCUCCAUUUACGUCACCGGCUUUUUUAAAAGCCAAAAUUGAAGAGAGCAAUUUCCUGCUGACAACCUAUAUAUACAUAUAUUCAUGCAUUGCAUACUUAAUAAUACAAAAAUGUUGGUUUGAUAAAAUGGUGGGUCAGGACUGCUGUAUGUAGAGACAGGUGUUUCCAAAAUAAAACUACGAAAAAAGUUGCGUCCAAGUAUGCAUGUCUACGAGGAACAGAAUUCGACACCGCAGCGACACACACACACACACACACACUCUCUCU